ACGUUAUURCCAGAAGAGCCCCCUGGGGCUGCCUGGCCCAUGGGGCACUCGCCACUGACCACAGUCGCCACCACCAGCGGAGCCAGCGCCCGGGGCGGCGACGGGUGGCCGAGUCCCAGACCACGCUGGCCCCCUGCCCUGUCUGCUCCGAGGCUCCCUGGCACCUUGGGGACCGGACACACCUCCGGCGGGGCACAGCCGGGGGCUGGGGCUUUCCCUUUUUAGCUGCCCGGCUCGCAGGGACCGGCCACACUGCAGGRCAGCGCCGGCAGCCCCUCCGCGGCCAUGGAGCGGGCUCCAAACCUGCUUCUCUUGUGCAUCUUCACCUUCGCCAUGGUCCCGGAUGCCGAAGCCAAGGACCAGAGCAAGGCAGCCAAGGGCAGGAGAAGGGGCCUGGCACGGCCCCCAACAGCCACCCCUGCCCUGGCCUGGGCCCCGGACGAGCCCUACAGCAGCAUGGCAGAGUACGAGCACAGCAUCCAGGACAUGGUGCGCCAGCUGAGGAACGGCUCCGAGCCGGGUGACGCCAAGUGCCAGGUGAACCUGAGGCUCUGGAGGUCCAACCGCAGGAGCCUGUCCCCCUGGGCCUACAGGAUAAACCACGAUGCCACACGGAUCCCAGCAGACAUCCCCGAGGCCCGCUGCCUGUGCACUGGCUGCAUCAACCCCUUCACCAUGCAGGAGGACCGCACCAUGGCCAGCAUUCCCAUCUACAGCCGGCUGCCCGUGCGCCGCCUGCUGUGCCCAGGGCCGUCUGAGGCGGGGCACCGACCCUCGGCCAGGAAGAAGUGCCACAAGAAGUACCAGAUGGUGAUGGAGACCAUCGCUGUGGGCUGCACCUGCAUCUUCUGAGGCUGCAAAGCUAACCCCUGCAGCUCCCCACGGCCAUCUAACCAGCUUGCUCCUGCUUGCCAUGCUUGCCCAGCCCUGGGAGAGGUCACCUGGCUGGGCAUCAGGGUGAGAGCAGUACCCUGUGCAGGAGGUGCUCAAAAUUCCCCUGCAGACUCCAUCAGCCCCAGCAGCUGCUUUGGGGACACCAGUGCAGAGGCAGCCCCUGUGAGCCACCCACGGGACCCAGCAGCCAUGCAGUGCCACCCAGUGCCCCCAGCCUCCAGGGAGGAGCUCAGCUGCAGGCUGGGGAGAGAGGGAGGCAGCUGCCCRGGGUCCCUCUGGCUGGGCAGGAUCGGGAUUGGGAUCGGGAUUGGGAUUGGGGAAGGAGGAGGCCUGAUCCCGAUCCCGAAGUCCCCAUUUCCCUUUGUUUGCUGCCUCGCUGCAACAGCUCCAGUAAUGCCCAGCCCUCCCAUCUUUCCCAGUCCUCCCCAGCGCUCCCCCAAGCUCCACUGUGCCAGGCUGGGCAAUCCAAGGAGUUGGGCAAGCUGCUGCUGGUUUGGGCAGCUUCUGCGGUCUCAAUAAAGYGCAUC